AUGGGAAGCCGCCUAGAAAAGAAUUCGGCGGCUGUCCGAAAGCGGAUUGAGGGCCAUACCUUUUCCGAUGAGGCUGGCGAGGAGUAUGAAGGAAGCGAGUUUGGCGGGUUUGGGGAUUACUUCAGGAGGAAGAAGAUAAAACUGCAGAACUUGGACGCAGAUCUCCGAGCAUCUUCGGGGGAUAAGCCGCAAAUAUUCAAGGGGGUCGUUGCACAUGUAAUGGGCUACACCCAACCACCCUUACAGGUUCUACACAAGGAACUUGUUCAACAUGGCGCGGGUUUUCUGCAGUACCUGGAUUCAAAGACAAUGGCAACACACGUCAUCGCAUCGGCAUUGCCACCGAAGAAAGUUGUCGAUUACAACAAGUACAGAAUGGUCAAGCCAGCCUGGGUGACAGAUUCUAUCAAGGCCGGCAAGCUCCUGCCUUGGUCCAGUUAUCGAGUUAUAGACGAGAGCCCAAGGCAAAAGACGAUCAUGUUUGACGGGGGGCAGAUGUUCAGCCAGACCACGCAACGAUCACAACUCCGGUAUCGAGAACAGACGCAGAACAGUUUCUACAACACCCAGUUCCAAAAGGCAGCAGACUCCCCACUGCGGACACUCGAGAGUAUCGAGGCGCCUGAUGAUAUGGACAUUGAUGGUCUAGACUCAAGGGACCUUAUUGAGGACGCAACCCCGACCAAGGCUCCUAUCAUCGAUCAAGAUGUGCAAGGAACAGGCGCAGGUUCUGAAGAAGACAUCACUUCAAAUCAGCUUGAUAGCGGCGACGGACCACCCGACCUCCUAGAUGCGGACAUGGAAAGCAUGGUUCGGAGUCCUUCAAGAGCCAAGCCCAUGACUUCCGAGGAGCACAAUGCUGUACUACUAUCUGAUCCCCGUAUUCGGAAGUCGUCGACGGCCAACCCUGAGUUUCUCAAGCAAUUUUAUUCCGAGAGUCGCCUGCAUCAUCUGUCAACUUGGAAAGCUGAGCUCAAGUCGAAUAUGCAAAGGCUCGCCGCUGAGAAGGGCUUGGUGUCCAAGGUUCCGAAGCGAAAACCGGGAUCCCGCAGAUACAUCAUGCACGUCGACUUUGACAGCUUCUUCUGCGCAGUGUCUCUCAAGAGGCACCCUGAACUUGUUGACAAGCCUGCUGUUGUGGCCCAUGGCACCGGGAAUGGCUCGGAGAUUGCCUCUUGCAACUACCCGGCGAGGAAACUCGGAGUCAAGAACGGCAUGUGGAUGAAGAGGGCGCAGGAGCUUUGCCCAGACCUAAAGGUCUUGCCGUAUGACUUCCCGGCCUACGAAGAAGCGAGCAGGCUAUUUUACGACGCAAUCAUUGAUGUUGGCGGCAUUACACAAAGCGUCAGCAUAGAUGAAGCCCUCGUGGACAUUACAAACAUUGUUCUCUCUGCCACGGGUUCAAAAGGCAUUGGUGUGGACGAAGGAAGCAUUUGGAGAGAGCAGAACGAGGCGAAUCAGAUUGCGACAAACCUCCGUCAAAGAAUCAAGGAUAGCACGGGUUGCAACGUGUCGGUUGGAAUCGGCGCCAAUAUCCUGCUCGCGAAAGUAGCACUGAGAAAGGCCAAGCCAGCCGGCCAGCACCAAAUCAUACCAGAAGAGGUUCUCGAAAUUUUGGGCGACUUGAAGGUCGACAGCCUCCCGGGCGUUGCAUAUAGCAUUGGGGGAAAGCUUGAGGAGAUCGGGGUCAAGUUCGUUAAAGAUGUUCGUCAAACCAGCAAAGAACGUCUCAUAUUGGUCCUGGGGCCCAAGACGGGUGAGAAGCUAUGGGAGUAUGCCCGUGGCAUCGAUCGAGUGGAGGUUGGGGAACAGCCAAUUCGCAAGUCCGUGUCCGCCGAGGUCAACUGGGGAAUCCGUUUCAUCAAUCAACAGGAAGCGGAAGAAUUCGUUGGCAACCUUUGCAAGGAGCUCGAACGCCGCUUGCUCAACGAAGGUGUCAAGGGCAAGCAUCUUACGGUGAAGAUUAUGCGCCGAGCACUGGAUGCUCCUCUCGAUCCUCCGAAACAUCUCGGGCAUGGAAAGUGCGACACAUUCAACAAGAGCGUUGUAUUUGGUGUUGCGACGAACAACGGCGAGUUGAUCGGCAGAGAAGCCGUGACCAUCCUCCGCUCGUACAAGUUCAGCCCGGGAGACCUUCGCGGCCUCGGUGUGCAAUUAACCAAGCUUGAACCGAUGAAAUCGGCUACCACCCACCCGGAAGGUAGCCAAAAGCGACUCAGUUUCGGUAGUUUCGCAACGGCGCAACCAGCGAAGAAACAGAAAACCGAACCCAUCGAGGAUGAAGAACUUCCGGGCAAGCUAAAGAACAACGCACGGGACGAGGACGACCCUAUUACGGAUGACCCCCUGACUCCCCGUAAGCCGAAGAUGCACCCUGCCCUUGCCCUGGCAAGGGCUAGCGAAGCUGACGAGAAUGCGAGGACUCCCUUGAAUAUGACGGGUACCCAGUUCAUCAUGCCAUCCAACCCCGAUCCGGCGGUGCUUGCUGAGCUGCCGCCGGACAUACGCAGCAAGUUGAUGGGGACGACUCACAACAGCACUAUCUCCAAAGUCCGUGAUACUUCUCCAUCCGUCAAGUCAAGUACACAAAGUCCUGCGCUGCAGGAUGAUAUUCCGCCGGAAGUUGACCCGGAAGUAUUCAAUGCUCUUCCAGAAGAUGUGAAGGCCGAAAUACUGGCCUCUUAUAACCCUAAAAGAGGCCAAGCCCUCCUCCCGCAAUCCCCUCGCAAGGACAGGGUGAUACACCACCCGAAGAGGGCACCUACACCAACGAAGCGUGGCAUUCGCGGCAUGUUCAACCUUGCCCGGGAGCGGCAACACGACGCAGAGGCUCGACUGCAGCAGACCAACUUCCUCACCGGAAGCAAGGGGCGGGAUGAGGUGGCGAACGACGACGUCGACGCCAUCGACCAGUUGGAUCCCGAGUUCCUGUCAGAACUCCCGGAAGACGUGCGGCAAGAGGUCGUAGAGGACCACCAGCGCCGCCGACUCGCGCAUAAGUCCCGUCUUAAUAUUAUCCAGCCACCACCUCACCGGCGAGGGGCACCACCCAGCGACGGCGAAGACGCACUGCCUGGUGGCCAGGCGAGGCUGCAAUUCCUUGUCAAGCCGCCCAGAGCGUGUUUCACAAGCUCGGCGUUGACAUCGAUCACGGAGAUAAAAGACAUGCUCAAUGUCUGGCACAGGGAGACGCAGGACGAUGGCCCACAUCGUGCCGAUGUAGAGGUUUUCGAACGAUACUUGGCCAAGGUUGUGGUUGAGGAGAGAGAUAUGGACAAGGCUCGCAAACUCGUCACAUGGUUGCAGUGGAUCGUCGAGGAAGAGGAGGAUAGUGAGAGUACGGGGAAGGAGGGGUGGAUGGAGGCCUUGAGCUCCAUCCAGGGUGCAAUACAGGAGGCCAUGAGGAGUAGGGGACUUGGGCCGAUGGAUUUGGGGUAG